CAUUUUUCAUCAAUGCUGCCUCAUCCUCUGGAAUGAAAAUAGGAGAUCUGCAACACGCCGUUUCUGGGAAAUAAACUAUUAACGUUAGCUACCUACAUUAACUAACUAGCUAGUUAAAAUGACAAACGUGUCCGUUUCGCAUGUAGCUACAAAGCUAAAGUACAAAUUGAUUUCUGUGUAAGUAACAACUAGUAAAAUGGCUCGCCUUGAGGAUAUUCGAUUGACUCUGAUCAUUGCCCUCUAUUUUAAACGACAUUUAGAUUAAUAGGUUUAGCUAAAUAUAUUUGUUAGUAAGGUCCAUCCUUAUUUGCGAAUCGCUAGCUAGCUAUUACAAACAUCUUCAAACCCGUUUGUAAAUCUAGCUACUUCCUGCUUUCAGUGAGGAAUUAUGGGACUUGGUCAUACCACGGCAGCCAUGGAAACUGACAGCUGACUGAAUACAUUUUUCCUAUGGCAAGAUUUUGUUUAGAAGCUAACUAACUAGCUAGUCGACGAGAUAAGGUAAACUAUCUACAUGCACUUAAACUCAUGUUAUUGUUAGCUAGCUGCCACCUCCAUACAAUAACGAUGAUACAGGUUUUCUAGCUGUAUAAUCGCAUGGUAGGCAAUUUAGCUAGCUGGCAAACUAUAGUAACUAAUAUAGCCAGUAACGUAAACUGGUUUACGCUAGCUAACGUUAUUGCUAACUUAGCAAGUCAAGAGGGGGGCUAGAUAACGAACAGUAGUUAGCUUGCCAGUUGUAAGCUCAACCAUGUUCCACGGGGAACGGGCUCUUCUUUCAACGGGUGGAGCCGGUCUACUCCCCGUGAACCGCACGAGGUCAUACGGCAGUCUUGUACAAUCCAACCUUUCUCCGGUACGACAAAGACGAAUUGAACACAAAGUUCAGCCAGGAGAGACGUUGCAAGGACUCGCGUUGAAAUAUGGAGUAUCUAUGGAACAAAUCAAAAGAGCAAAUAGACUGUACACGAAUGACUCAAUAUUCCUAAAGAAGUAUCUUUCUAUCCCUGUGCUGUCAGACUACAACAGUGAUGCUAAUAUUGUGGUAGAUGUGACUGAGGAGGACUCAGGCCAAGUACAGGACAGUACAAGUAAAAAAGGCUCUACUCAAAAUGGGAAGCCAGUGAACAAUUCUGAAAAGACACAAGAAGAAGAACAUACAUCAGAACUUUCUCCAAUGAAUUUCUUGAAAAGGAUGGAUCGUAUGAUCAGCCAGUCCAAGCAGGCAGCUGUGAAAAGAUGCCAAGAAGGAGAGAAACGUUUGACGUCUUUGGAAGGAGCUUAUACCAGCAAGACAACAGACCGUCGAUUUACAAGGUCAAACAGUGCCACGGUCGUCACCUCUCCCAGAAUGCAUCAGCAACCCAUACUUGGUGCAGUGCCCCUCACCAUCACCAAAUGCACCAAGAAACUGAGAGAAAGAGAGGAUGAGAUCUUUGAGUUGUGAUUUCAUUGCUUCUGUCAGGCAGAUCAUAGGACACAUGGUACUAAUGCAAAAAUCAAAGGGAUUGACGUCCAAGCUAAUCUGGCAUUACAGAUUUAGGAGAGUUCUUAUUUUCACUGAUGAGUAACUUUCUGCUCUAAGGACUUGGUAGUUGAAAGUUGGUCGUUAGCACUGUUGAUAUAAUUGUUUUGCUGACAGGGUGAGUUUCAUUUUGACAUAUAAGAAUACUUCUUAUUAGGCAAGUAAUUAACUACUACCAAGUUAUUUAAAGUUGUAGUCCAUUGAUUACGUUGCCAUGUCCAGAACAGCACUGGCUGGUUGUCCGUUUAUUAUACAAAAUGAGAGUCAGAAUGUGGUACUUUGAGUUGUGUUUGUAUGUUAGUGUGAUCAUAUAACUAUCCAAAUUAUGCUUGGCCACAGGCGCUAGAUCAUGUGAGUUAUGCUACCUUGUAGUGUCUUAUGCAAUGUCAAAAAUGUGAAAAAUAUGCAAGUCUUGGAGAACAAUAGAAGUUGACUCUAAAUGUUGUAUUUAUUAUUGAAGCCAAUGUGAGUUGGUAUAGCCUAGUCUUCAUUGGGUGUUUGUUACAAUUAUGCAAUGAUGUACAUAUUUAUUUUUAGAAGAAUACUGAGCAUUGCACUUUCAUUUUCUAAUCUUGGCACUAGGUUGUAGUCAGUGGUAAGGUUGCCUUGGUAUUUCAUUUAAUUUUGCCAACCAACUGUAUUGUUACAGUACUGAAUUGGCCAUACUCAAAGUGAGGAACUUGUUGUUUCUCCUUGCUAUUUCAAUGAAAGGCAGAACGAUAUUCCUCUGGUAUGGUUUCCUUUUUGUUUCACACUGUAAACUUUUCUGCUGUUUAAAUAAAUCCAGAAGUGUA